AUGACCUCUCGACUCGCGCCAGGCGGCAUCCAGUCCCGCUUGAAUCUACAACCCGACCUCAGCACCUUCGGCAAAUAUCUUGGAGGCGGUGUAGCAUUUGGCGCCUUCGGAGGACGUGCCGACAUCAUGGCCGUUUACGAUCCGCGUAGUCCAACGGCCCUAGCCCACAGCGGGACCUUCAACAACAAUACCAUAGCCAUGACUGCGGGUUACGUGGGGCUAAAAGAUAUUUACACGCCAGAAAUCGCUGUGGCGUUUAACGAACUGGGCGAUCGCUUUAGAGAGAAACUUAUCGCAGCCACAAAAGGGACUAGGAUCGGUGUGACUGGUCGAGGAUCCAUGGUGGGGAUCCAUUUUAGUGAAGGGGGUACCGAAGAGAUGGAGGAGAUUAAGGAGUUGAAGGAUCUGUUUUGGACGGAAAUGCUGGAAGAGGGCUAUUGGAUGACGAGACGGGGGCAGAUCUCGCCGAUACUGGGUACGCCGGAAGAAUAG